AUGGUGACCUGUGGAACUCUGGUGAAAAUCUGGAGAGCAGCCGUCGUCAUAGCAGCACUGAGCUGUAGUGGGACAGGUGAGGGGAAGGGAGUUUGUGUUAGGGGGUUAGAGCUGGGUUGGGACAGGUGAGGGGAAGGGAGUUUGUGUUAGGGGGUUAGAGCUGGGUUGGGACAGGUGAGGGGAAGGGAGUUUGUGUUAGGGGGUUAGAGCUGGGUUGGGACAGGUGAGGGGAAGGGAGUUUGUGUUAGGGGGUUAGAGCUGGGUUGGGACAGGUGAGGGGAAGGGAGUUUGUGUUAGGGGGUUAGAGCUGGGUUGGGACAGGUGAGGGGAAGGGAGUGGGUGUUAGGGGGUUAGAGUUGGGAUGUAAUAGAGUACAUGGUUUUUGAAGUGAUUGCCAGGUUAAGAUGAUUUGUUUGAAAAUAUCUUAACUCUUCCCCCUCCUCAGUAGAUGGAGAAAAAAUGGUGUCGUGCUGUAAGACAGUGUCCAAGAAAGAGGUGACCGAUCCAAUCACAGGCUACUGGACUCAGGACAAUAACGCUCCCUGUGUACGGGCCGUCAUGUAAGGAAAACAUAUUUUAUAUGUCUUUAUUUCAUUUAGGUUUAUCCAGUUCAGUCGCAUAUGUUGUCACAAGGUGCUUUACAGUAUGUGGUGGCCAUGUUGUGUCAAAGCCUCCAGACAUGUUGUGUCAAACCCAUUCAGUUUCAGUAUUAACACUGUGUUUCUCCUGCAGCUUUGAGACGGGGAAAGGUCUGUUCUGUAGUUACCAUAGAGAACCCUGGGUACGACGCAAGAUUCAACAGUUUGAGUAAGUUAAAUACCACACAUCACAUACAGGGAAAGAACAAAAGAGAAAAGCAAACUGAUUGUAAUAUUUUCCAUUCUAGAAUGUCCCGCAGGAGCUCAACAUUUCCCUUGCUCUCCUCUCCAACCGCUCUCACCUCCACCUCCACCCCUACCACUACCUCCUUACCCUCCUCUCCAACCUCUCUCACCUCCACCUCCACCCCUACCACUACCUCCUUACCCUCCUCUCCAACCUCUCUCACCUCCACCUCCACCUCCACCCCUACCACUACCUCCUUACCCUCCUCUCCAACCUCCCUCAACUCCUUUCCUCCCUCUCUCACUUCCACCCUUACCUCCUUAACCUCCUCUCCCUCCUCCUCUCAUCCCUCUCUGUCUUCCUCUCCUCCCUCUGUUUUCUCUUCUAUUUUCCCUGCUUCCCCCUCUUCUCCAUCCGUACCUUCCUCUCGCACCUCUCUCUCCUCCUCUCCUUCCUAUCUCCUCUCCUCUCUUUUCCCUGUCUCCUCCUCUCCUCCCUCUCCUCCUCCUCCCGUCAUCGGGAAUCGACCAAGAAUGACUCAACUCAGCAGUCAACAUCCAACCAAUAGAAUCACUGCCAAUGGCUGAAGCUCCGCUGACGUUCCACUUUUCCACUUGUAAAAAGCAGACUUCCAAUGUGCAUAUUACAUUCAUAUUGAAUAUCUUAUUCAUAUUGAUGUUGUUCAUAGUCUGAUUAACUAGUUAUCAUUUAAUUCAGUUGUCAUCAUCAUGUUCAAUGGGUUAUUAGAGUUAUUUAUGAAUUAUAUUUAAAACCAGUAUCUUAUGUGUUUAUUUAUUUAUUUAUUCAAGUACUUAUGGGGACUUUUAGUACCUUUUUGAUAUUUAGAUGAAUUGGUUUAUAGCUGUCAAUUAGUUAUCAAUGUUAUUUAAUAAAUGCAUUUAUUUAUUAAGUACUUAUACAUUUACUUUGUUUAUUUUUUUAUCAAUCAAUGUUAUUUUAAAGGUGCAAUAUGCAGAAAUCGCUCCGCCAUUUCCUGGUUGCUAAAAUUGAAAUAAUUUGCUUAAUUUCAGUUUAUGUGACAGAACAAGCAAUGUAUAGUGUAGAGAAUCAUUGUACCAUCUAAACCGCUGUGAAAUAUAUUUUCAAUAACCAAAAAGAUUGUAUUUUCAGCUGUCUGAAUCUGGUAUACAAAACUCUCAAGUAAAAUACUCAAAAACGAAACUUAAGAAAAGGAAGCAUAGAAAUAGCGCUCAUAGAACAGAUUUACCGCUUUUAGACUUGCUUUCAAUGAGAAUGACAGAUCUAUAACUAAUUUUCUAUGUGAAUUUGGUCAGGUCAACCAUAAAGUUACAUAUUGCAGCUUUAAGAAAUGUUUCAUUUUCUGCUUAUUUAUUCAAUAAAGUUAGUUGUAAACAUCAGGAAAUCUAUGAAACUUUGCUGGAACUGAAAUAUAAAAUAAAAUGAUGGAAAUAUUAUUUUGGGUCGUCAGUCUGACUGUUUUGACAUCAUGGUGCAGACAGAAAAAAACAACAUGCAUUUGCAGAGUCAGCUGUUCACACCUUUUAGUGUGUGUGUGUAUGUGUGUGUGUAUGUGUGUGUAUGUGUGUGUGUGUGUGUAUGUGUGUGUCCUUUAUUGAUCCAUCUUUCUCAGAAAUACUGCUGCAGGGGUUGGGGUGGUGGUGGUUUGUCAAGUGAGGUAGGGGGUGAAAUGAAGAUGGAAAAGGAUAGAGAGAGAGAGGGGCGGCGGUGUAAAUAUAACGUUACCAAUACUGACCACAUCGUACCAUGACACAACAAGGUGGGAGUUUCGACUAAUACUAUUCAUGUAACCCACAGUCAGACACGAAACCCGACACUUCCACUGCCUUUUAGAAAGACUCAUCGCCACCGUUACCAGACCAGUCAGUACGACCUCCGACACGUCUCCGUAGUUUAGUGCCUUGCAGAGUCUCUACCUGUCUCUGUUGGUCUGUCGAACAGUCAGUACAUCAAUCUGUCUGUCCGUCCGUCCAUUCGUCCGUCAGUCAGUCAGUAUGUCAGUGUUCCAGUCCAGGACCCUCUCUCUGGCCCUCCUGAUCACCAUGUGUGUGUACCUCACCUCUGUGUCAGCUAACUGUGAGUACUGAUUCACUGAUUUAUUGAUUGAUUAAUUGGUUGAUUGAUGUAGUGAAUGAUUAAAUACCACAUUACAUUGUAUACAUUCUAUAACUAUAUAUGAAUAUAUCAUAUCUAUAUUGUGCUAUAUACACACACAUUAAAAUGCAGAAACUGUUACAAUGUGGUUCCAGUUUCCAUUGAGUUACUGUAAUUGACAGGCUUUCGACAGACCUCCUAUUACUCAGACCUCUCGGACCCAGAGUGGUCCACGAACCACAGUUCUCUAUACCUUUAAAAUACUGUUUAACAGUUUAGUUUUACAUGGGGGGGGGGGGGUCCGAUCGAGGUCCCCAAUUCACCUCUAGAGUCUGGAGGGCGUUCAUGGUUUGGGGGUCUCGGUUAGCCUUACCUCGGGUUUUCACCCUGAGAGUAAUGGGCAGGUGGAGAGAGUGAACCAGGAUGUGGGUAGGUUUCUGAGAUCGUAUUGCCAGGACCGGCAGGAGGAGUGGUCGGGUUAUAUCCCUUGGGCAGAGAUUGCCCAGAACUCUCUUCGCCACUCCUCUACUAACCUGACCCCUUUCCAGUGUGUGUUAGGGUAUCAGCCGGUUCUGGCACCAUGGCAUCAGCGCCAGAUCGAGGCUCCUGCGGUGGAUGAGUGGUUUCGGCGCUCGGAGGAGACGUGGAACGCUGCACACGUCCAUCUGCAGCGGGCUAUCCGUAGACAGAAGGCGAGCGCCGAUCUCCACCGCAGUGAGGGUCCAGUGUACGCACCUGGAGAUUGAGACUGGCUCUCGACUCGAAAUCUGCCCCUUCGCCUGCUGGGUCGGCGGUUUGUGGGGCCAUUUAAAGUCCUGAGGAGAUUGAACGAGGUAUGCUACAAGUUACAACUGCCUAAUGAUUGUCACAUUAACCCCUCGUUCCAUGUGUCUCUCCUCAGGCCGGUGGUAGCUGGUCCACUCCAGGACAGUGAGAUAAGAGAGACUCCUCCGCCCCCACUGGACAUCGAGGGGGCUCCGGCGUACUCAGUCCGGUCCAUCAUGGAUUCGAGACGUCGGAUGGGGGGUCUACAAUAUCUCAUGGAGUGGGAGGGGUACGGUCCGGAGGAACGGUGCUGGGUGCCUAGGAGGGACAUCUUAGAUCCCUCCCUCCUGACGGAGUUCCACCGUAACCAUCCCACGCGCCCUGCUCCGCGUCCUCCUGGCCGUCCCCGAGGCCGGGGGUGGCGCACGGCUGGAGCCGCGCGUCAAGGGGGGGGGGGGGUACUGUCACGAAUACCGCCGAGGCUGCUCCUCCUCCUUGUUCGGGCAGGCUUCGGCGUUCGUCGUCCCCGGAGUACAGCUGCCACCAUUUGAUGUUUUCGAUGUUUGUUUGGUCAUGUCUAGUUUAGUGCACCUGUUUCGUAUUCUGUCCUGAUUAUGUCACCUAUAAGUUUCCCUGUGUUAUGUUUUGUAGUUGUGUGUUAUUGUCCGCCUGUCGUUUUGUUGUGAGGUUCGGUACUUUGUUUAUUGAGUGUUUUACGCAUUUCGCGUAACAGUUCGCCUCCGUUGUUUCGAGGCCAUUUAUUUUUGUAUAUUGUUCAUAUACUUCAGUAAAGUCGUUUUGACUUAUCCGCUGUGUCCUGCGCCUGACUUCACCACCACAUCCACAUCAGUACCGUGACAAUGCUGUUUUAGUUGAACCAGUGUUUCGGUCCAGAGACCCUCAUUGGGUUAUAAAAGAAGUAAAUAAAGGACUGACCAAACCUGUUAUGAUUAUAUUAUAUUCUGAACUUUUCUUAAUGAGUCAGUCAGUCAGUCAGUCAGUCAGACGAUCUAUUCUUCCUGUGGCCCCUCUCUUCUCAGUGUAACUGUGAGGUGCUAAUAAAAGCAUGAUAACGGGACGCUCUGUGUGUGUGUUAGAUGUGGUUCCUUCCUCUUUCCCAGGGAGAGCGUGUUGAGUGUUGAGCCAGCAGGAAGGAAGCCAGGUUUAUUCUGAUCCUGACCACAAACGGUUAAUGGUACCAAUUGGAAUGGUCACCAUGAGAUUUACAAUAAUUGCACAUGACAUGAUAAAAAACCCCAUAAGAUCUGAAGUGAUGUAUUUUUUUGUCUCUCCUAUGGGCCGCGGCCUAAGAAGGCUACUGAUUGGUUCAUUAGUGUAAUCAGGUGCAUAAGUGGAGGCUGCAAACGCCAUAGCUCUCCACGUUGGCCACCCCCUGUUUUAGACUGAUCUGGCAGCGUAAAACACAAUGCUGUACAAAGGUAAGGGUGUGACUCUCCAUGUGUCAUUGGGCUGGGGUCGCCAUGAUGUCAUCAGCCUAAACCCCUCCCUAAAGUCAAAUGACAAAGGAAAAAGUAGGAGCACUCAAUAUUGGAAACAAAAAACAAAAUCACCAAAUGUUCUACCUAUUGUUAUUUUUCUUUGUCCGACAAGCUGAUGUGUUUCAUUAGUAAAGCCUUAAUCAGAGCACGUGUAGCUCAGUCAUUAGGCUAAACCCUGUGUCGGCAUUCUGAUCUUCUGAACGGCAUUCUGGGAAAGACCCAUGUCUAAAUUCUCUGGUCGGAAACACUGAUGAAAGUGUUUCCUGUUGGUAAAUGAGCAGUGACACAGCAGAAACCCCUGUAGUCUUUCAUUCACUCUGUCUUUCACGCAAAAAAUAGAUGAGAACAGAGUAAUGGCUGAACCGGAGGUGACACUUCUGCUUUUCAGGCCUUAAGUACCUUCAACCCUGGUGAAGUCGGACACUACAGACCUGACACUGAGCUGAGCAGCCUGCCAGAGAAGAGAGAGACUUGA